CGCCAACUGCUAGUCUAGUCGUUCCUUAACUGGUUUGUCUUUCCCACAACCCUCCCCCAAUUUCCAUUUCUCAGGAUCAACAUCCAGCUUGUAGGUCUACACGGUUGAUUAAGUGGUAGGAGAUCCAAAUAUGAGUAAUCAGAAAGGAUUAAUUUAUAGCUUUGUUGCCAAAGGAACAGUCGUGUUGGCCGAACACACGGCGUACUCUGGUAACGUUAGUACCGUUGCUGUUCAAUGUUUACAGAAGUUGCCUUCCGGUAGCACCAAGUACACAUACUCCUGUGAUGGUUACACCUUCAACUUCUUGCUCGAUAGUGGCUUCGUUUUUCUUGUUGUUGCGGAUGAGACGGCUGGGAGGAGUUUGCCGUUUGUGUUUUUGGAGAGACUGAAAGAUGACUUUAAGAAGCGUUAUGGUGCGAGUAUGGGAAGUGAUCACCCCCUUGCAGAUGACAGUGAUGAUGACUUGUUUGAAGAUCGGUUUAGCAUUGCUUAUAAUCUUGAUAGGGAGUUCGGGCCAAAGAUAAAGGAACAAAUGGAGUAUUGUUUAAACCAUCCAGAUGAAAUGAGCAAGCUGUCUAAACUGAAAGCUCAGAUAACUGAGGUUAAAGGGAUUAUGAUGGACAACAUUGAGAAGGUUUUGGAUCGUGGUGAGAAGAUCGAGUUACUGGUUGAUAAGACCGAAAACCUUCAAUUCCAGGCAGAUAGCUUCCAAAGGCAGGGAAGGCAACUAAGAAGGAAGAUGUGGCUGCAGAAUCUUCAUAUGAAGCUGAUGAUAGGAGGAGCCAUUUUGAUAUUCAUCAUCAUAGUGUGGCUCAUGGCGUGUCGCGGAUUCAAAUGUUGAAAAUUUCUAGAUAUCUAGGGUUUGUUCUUCUCUCUUUGGAUUCUGAAAAGAACUACUCGCAUAGAUCUGUUUUCCUAUAUUGUUUUGAAUGUAUAUGUAUCACGCUUUUACCUAGCUGUUCCUGUAUAUGUGUUCUCUGUUUUUAUGCGUAAUGAAAGAUAAGUGAGCUUAAACAUUUAUCAUAAGCAAAA